AUGGAUACCAAGGCAGUCAUCCAACUCGUCGACGAGUUGCAGGAUAAUCUGGAGGACCUUGAAGAGAAUCUCGAACCACUCCUUCAUGGCGAUCUUGCUGCCACCACGAAAAAGCUGCCCUUGCUCGACCGUGCAAAACUCCAUGUCCUCCUUGUCUACUCGAUCGAGUCUUUGAUAUUCUCCUACCUCAAACUUCAUGGCGUCCAGGCAAAGGAACACCCUGUCUUCAAGGAAUUGACACGAGUCAAGCAGUAUUUUGAAAAGAUCAAGCAAAGCGAGGAAACGCCGCAGACUUCGCGGCCGACUCUCGCGCUGGACAAAGAUGCCGCCGGAAGAUUCAUCAAGCAUGCUCUGGCCGGAAACGAUAAAUACGAUCUACAACGCGCCGAGCGGGAGGCUCGCGAGAGAGUCCUCGCGAAUAAAAAGUUGAAAGCACUUGAAUCUGCUAUGAAGGCCAAAGCUGAGGUAAAUGCGAACCCGGACAGUCCAUCGGAUGUGGCUGCCGGACUGGUCAAAGUUGCCCGAAUGGCCACAGACAUGUUGACUGUCGAGGACUCGUCGGAAGAGGGUCUCGUUAGCGACUCUGAGGGCGACGAUGACAUUACAGACCCAACCGAACAGCCCCAGCCUCAGCCUCAGGAGGGCAAAAAGCGGAAAAGGGGAUCUGGGGGCAACGCUCGGAGAAUAAAAGAAAAGAGAGACAAAACAGUUGACCAAAUUCCUGGAGGAAACAAGCUGUCCAAGAAGGAUAGAAAGAAGUUGAAGCGAUCGCAGAUUCUGCAUCCUGCUUCAACAGCUGGCUAA